AUGAUAGAGACGCGACAGAUGCUUCGCGGUGGGACAACGUAUGAUCCGAUCCACGUUCUUCUCCUUGACUCAUCUAACUCAGUUCUCGGGUCCAAGAUUAUCUUCAAGGCGCAAGAUCCUUUUAAUCCGGAAUCUUGGACCGACGCGGUACAUUUUGAGUUUGAAGGAUACGAUACAGAGCCAUUUUGGGACGAUGAUGGUAAGACAUACAUCAAUGGUGCCCACGCCUGGAAGAUCGGACCGUGGAUUCAACAGGCGGAGGCCGAUCUCAACACCGGGAAAGUCGGCGAAUGGAGAACUAUCUGGAAUGGCACAGGCGGCAUGGUCUGUGAUGAGUCCUCUGGAGACUUCCUCAGGGCUGACAUGGGAACAGGCACCCGAAGGACCACAUAUCUAUCCAAAGCGCAAAGAGUGCUCUCUUUCCAAGUUGGCUCUCCAGACGAGGCUAACGGAGAUCAGUUCAAACUGUCGGACACGCAGAUCUAUUUCAAGAUGCCUCUGGGAAUUGGGUCAGAAUGGCGCAACUUUCCAAUGGGCCGAGAGACUGUCAUGACUUCGGUGACGUGGAACGAGGGGAAAUGGCCAUACUUUACCCCCGUCGAAGGGAAGAUGAGUGGCUGGGAGAUGCCGCUUGAGAAUAUGGAUAUUGAAGGCCCCGGGUACGUAUUACAUCUUUUCCCUCUCAAGAAGACUUCUGCUAACCAAGCUAGCCCAUGGAUCUCACUGGGAGAAAUUGAAGGCGACGCGUUUGACUUCUCUCCGAAUUCGACCCUUCCAGCUCACUUCACGUAUUGGCGGUAUCCGAUCGAAAGCUCAUACAUAGUUUCACCGCCUGAGAAGCCCAACAGCUUACGUCUGAUACCCUCCAAACUCAACCUCACCGCUCUAAAUGGGAACUACGCGGGUCCCGAUGGCCAGACAUUCAUUGGAAGAAGACAGCAAGACACGCUCUUCUCUUAUAGCGUCGAGCUUGACUUCCAACCAACCGAGGAGGAGGAAGAGGCCGGGGUUACGGUGUUUCUUACGCAGAACCAUCACCUCGAUCUCGGCGUUGUCUUGCUGCCCGCGAGCGCAAGUACGCAGGCCUUCCCUGGCCAGAAUUUGACGACGGGGGGAAAUCCGACUGAUCUCAAGCUUCAAUUUCGGUUCCGAGCUAUGUCGUAUGUUGCUGUUCCCACUGAUAUCGUGGCACCAGUACCGGAGGACUGGCUUGAUAAACCACUCAGAUUGGAGAUUCGGGCUGUCAACAUGACACAUUACUCGUUCUCUGCUGGGCCAGCUGGGUCAGCUUUCCAGACCAAGACUCUUCUCUACGCCUCCAACGAUGCGGUUAGUUGGGGUUUCACAGGUGUAUUCCUCGGGGUGUAUUCGACUAGCAACGGGAGGACAGGAAAUACGCCUGCUUAUAUCUCAAACUGGAAUUACACCCCCGAGGUGCAGUUCAGAGAUUGA